GCCGCGGCGUUCCGUCGUACCCUCGCGAGGACAUGCGCGCUAGGUCUGGGUGCUGAGAAGACCCUGCGGAGCCCCGCGCGGAUGGUGGCCUGAGGGCGGCGGAGGCGGAGCGCGCCGCGAGCUGGGGGCGUGUCUAGAGGAAGGCCGAACAGCCGCCACCACGCUUUCAUUCGCGGCGAGACGCAAGCGAGCCAGGCUGAGGGCCGUGGCAGCUAUGCAGCGACGGCGGCGCCCUUCGCCGCCUGCUUCUCAGCUGCCAGAGGACUGCGGGGGAGGUGGUGGCGGCCGCGGGGGCCGCAGGGGCCGCGGCGGCCGCGGCGGGAGCGAGGAGGUGGAAGUGCAGUUCUCCGCCGGGCGUUUGGGCUCGGUCGCUGUGGAUUCGGUGGCGGCGGUGGCGGUACCCUCGCGCAGCACGGAGGAGGAGGAGGAGGAGAGGCUCGAGCGCGAGCACUUCUGGAAGAUCAUUAAUGCCUUCCGCUACUACGGCACCAGUAUGCAUGAGCGAGUGAACCGAACAGAAAGACAGUUUCGAUCACUUCCAGCUAAUCAACAGAAACUACUUCCUCAAUUUCUUCUUCACUUGGACAAGAUCCGGAAAUGCAUUGAUCAUAAUCAAGAAAUACUACUGACCAUUGUGAAUGAUUGCAUACAUAUGUUUGAAAAUAAAGAAUAUGGAGAAAAUGGGAAUGGAAAGAUUAUGCCAGCAUCUACAUUUGACAUGGAUAAGUUAAAAUCCACAUUGAAACAGUUUGUACGAGACUGGUGUGAAACUGGGAAAGCAGAAAGGGAUGCCUGUUACCAGCCAAUCAUUAAAGAAAUUUUAAAAAAUUUUCCAAAAGAGAGAUGGGAUCCUUCUAAAGUAAAUAUUCUGGUACCUGGUGCUGGACUAGGAAGACUGGCCUGGGAAAUAGCUAUGCUAGGUUAUGCUUGUCAAGGAAAUGAAUGGAGUUUUUUUAUGCUCUUUUCUUCCAACUUUGUACUCAACAGAUGUUCUGAAAUUAAUAAAUAUAAGCUUUAUCCCUGGAUCCAUCAGUUUAGCAAUAACCGGAGGUCAGCUGAUCAGAUUCGACCCAUCUUUUUCCCUGAUGUUGACCCCCACAGUCUUCCUCCUGGUUCUAAUUUUUCUAUGACAGCAGGUGAUUUUCAGGAGAUAUACUCAGAAUGCAAUACCUGGGACUGUAUUGCUACCUGUUUCUUCAUAGACACAGCUCACAAUGUAAUUGAUUAUAUUGACACAAUAUGGAAAAUACUCAAGCCAGGUGGAAUUUGGAUAAAUCUAGGUCCUCUGCUGUACCACUUUGAAAAUUUGGCCAAUGAACUUUCCAUAGAAUUGAGCUAUGAGGAUCUAAAAAAUGUUGUUCUGCAGUACGGAUUCCAGCUAGAGAUCACUGCACUAGAAGCCAGAUGAGAACAUUCAAAUAGCCCUAUGGAGAAUCCCACAUGUUGAGGAACUAAGGCCUCCUCCAAGUAGUCAUAGAAACGGAAUGAGUUUGGAAGUGGGUCCUCCAGCCCCGGUCGAGCCUUCAGGUGACUGCAGCCACGUGGGCAACUCUGAACCACUCAGCCACACUGAUGAGUUCCUGAUCCACAGACUCUGAGAAAUGCUGUUUUAAGUCACUGAGUUUUGGGGGUUAUUUGUUACACAACAGUUUUUUUCUUAUGUGCAUCCAAGUUUCCAUCUGGUUUCGUACUUGCACCUGAAGAACUUUCUUUAAUAGUUCUUGUAUUAUGAGUCUUCCAGCAAUGGAUUCUCCCAACUUUGGUUUAUCUGGAAAACACACACACACAUAUAAACCCUUUAUUUUGAAAGACUCACUGAGCACAGAAUGCUGGGUUAACUUUUAUUUCUUUCAAGAUGUCACUCUAUUGUUUUGAUGAGUACUCUCCCAUCUUAUUUUUGUCCUUUUUAAUGUGUUUCUUUUUUCUCUUGCUGCUCUCAAAAUUUUAAAUGUGAUUUUCAUUAGUUUGAUCAUGAUGUAUCUAGGUGUGUGUGGUUUGUUUGGGGAAUUUAUCCUGUUGGAUCUAUGGCUUGAAAUUUUGUUAUUAUUUCUAAAAAGUUCUUUGCUGUUACCUCUUCGAAUAUUUCUUCUGCCCUCUUCUCUCCUGCUUCUCCUUCUGGGAUUUUUAUUACAAGUACAUUAGAUUACUUAUUAUAGUCCCACUACUCCAAUGCUCUGUUUUGGUGGUUUCUGGCUGUUUGGUUUUGAUUUUCAUUCAUUUCUGCACCUCAACCCCGUCCCCUUUGUGGUUCCUUUUUACCUAUCUUCAAAUUUCUUGAAACUUUCCUCAUCUGUGUCUGUUCUAAUGAACCUGUUGAAAACAUUGUCAUUUCUGAUAUGCUUUUUAUUCCUAGUAUUCCCAUUUAUCUUUUAUAGUUUUAGUCUCUCUGCCGAAAUUCUUUGUCAAUGCAUACUGCUCACUUUUUCUGUUAUGUCCUUUAAUAUAGGAAUUUUAGUCUCUGACAAAAUCCCAAUAUCUGGGUCAUCUCUGAGUCUAGUUCUGUUCAUCACUUUAUCUCUUGACAGGUUCCUCUUCCCCCUGCCUUGUUCUUUUUCCCUGAGUCAUUGAAUUGCACUGACUGUGUAGAAAAAAAAAGCAAUCUGAGGAAAAUAACAUAUAUGCCUGGGUAUGAAUGUAUGCCUCUUAGGCCAGUAUUGGAGGUUGGAUCAGUCUUGCAAGAACUUGAGUCAGGUUUGUGUUGUUAUCUGCAGAGCACCAGUCUUCAAAUUUCACCAGUGGUGAGCUGUGGAUGCCUUGUGCUUAUAGUGGAGAACAGGAUGGCAAUGAGGUUUUCCCUCCAUGGUGUUCGUGCUUCAUCUCCAGCAUUCAUAUGUCUCUGCAUGCCUUAGCCAUCGAGGAAUUCCCACUCUAUGCCCCUGCCUCCCCCCAAGGAAAAACUGUCUCUCAUUAGUCUGUGCUAGGUUCAUGAUAGGGCAGUGGGAACAGUCUUAGUCCAGCCGUGUGCUCCUGGGCCUCCUAUGGGAGCCUGCUGUCAGCAUUCCUAUCCUCCCCAUGUGCUUGUGGUUGGCCUUAAGCAGGAAUUUCCUGCUCUUCCAGCAGCAGUGUCAGUGGAGGAUACUAGGUGACAAAUUAUCUUCUCCUCUCCCCACAGUGUAGACUUUUGCUUCAAGUUUUCCUUCAAGGAUCUUGUCCUGGGCGUGACAGGGUUUCCUAUUCCAACCCUGAGACAGGGUGAGUUUGCUUUACUCCUCCCCCACAAGCAGUGCCUGUGCCCUGGGAGAAUGCUGACCGUCCAGCAGCCUGUGGCUUUGCUCACAGAGGGCUUGUAUGUCUGUCCCCAGGAAGAGCAGCUGUACUGUGUGUCUGUCUUCCUGGGGUGGGGGGCUUGUUCCAUGCUCUUCUCCUGCCCCAAAUCUUUCUCCUGAGCACCCAGUGGAAGAGAAUCAAAAAAGCUUAUGAGUGAGUGCAGUAAUCCCUUGUGUCUGGGACUCCAGCUAUCAGUACAUUCCAAACUGAGAUGCUAACUCACAAUUACCAAGAAUGCAGAAUUUUUUCAGAUUUCGUUGCAGCUUAUAAAGCAGCCAUUUCUCUGUGCUCUGUGAAGAAGUCAUGUGCCCCAUCUCUCCUUGGAGAGGCAGGUCCAUCUUUAGAAUUCAGUUAACUGAAUUGCUUUGCAAUAUCAGUUCUGAUAGGCUUAAGAAAAAAAAUACGAUUUUUAGAUGAUCAAGAAUCACAGAACAAGGGAAAAAAUAGUUGUUACCGAGCCAGCUACUGCAUUCACAAAAAGAACUCACUUCGAUACCAGGGGACAUCUCUGGAUAGUCUAGAAAGAAACAAUCUGUUUAAAAAUAGCUCAUUGGGCCUUGACUGUUGUGGCUCAGUAGACUGAGCACUGGCCUGCAGACCAACAGGUUGCUGGUUCAAUUCCCAGUCAGGGUGCAUGUCUGGGUUGCUGGCCAGGUCGCCAGUUAGGAGUGUAGGAGAGGCAAACACAUUGAUGUUUCUCUCACACAUCAUGUUUCCCUUCCUCUCUUUCUCCAUCCUUUCCCCCUUUCUAAAAAUAAAUAAAAUUUUUAUACAAAUAAA